GCAGAGGUUGAGGCAACUCAACGACUGCUGCACUAGAAGCAAUUGGUAAUCAUAUUGCGUGUUAGAUACGUGGUAGAACUCUGGGAAGAUGCAGGACGUCAUCUCCUUCCUCCUGAAUGGUCUGGGCUUCGCCGCCGUGGGGCUGGUUGUGCUGCAACUCGUCCUGUCACUGGACCUCUACAAGCGGUGGAAGCUGCGUCACCUGCCAGGCCCGCCGGCGCUGCCGCUGCUGGGCAACCUGCCCCAGAUUCUAGCCAAGGGCUCGCCUGCCUUCUUCCGGGAGUGCCGGGCCAAGUACGGCCCAGUCUUCCGGGUGGCGUUCGGGCGCAACUGGAUGGUGGUGGUGGCGGAGCCAGACCUUCUGCGUCAGGUGGGCGGCAAGCUGCUCAACCACUCCAUGUUCCGCGGGCUGCUGGGCGGCGAGUUCGCCAAGCUGGACGACUGGGGGCUGGUGUCUGCCAGGGACGACUUCUGGCGAAAGGUGCGUGCGGCCUGGCAGCCGGCCUUCUCCGCGCCCUCCCUGUCCGGCUACUUCCCCCUCAUGACCGACUGCGCCGUGCGCCUGGCCGACAAGCUGGAAGGGCUGGCGCGGAGGCAGCCGGGGCAGCAGGGCGCAGGCAAGGAGGAGGAGGCGGCAGGCAAGGCAGGCAAGGCGGAGGCGGAGGGUGGCAGCGGCGGCGGCGGCGGCAGCUCCACACGUGUGGACAUCUGGCGUGAGCUUGGAGCCAUGACGCUGCAGGUGGUGGGUUCCACUGCGUACGGCGUCGAUUUCCAGGCCAUGGAAUCACUGCCCGCCGCGGGCACCGGCGAGGGCGGUGCCGACACCAAGCCCGCCGCCGCUCCAGCUCCCGCGUCCUCCUCCUACGGCCGCGUGCUGGUGCAGGCGUGCCGGGACGUGUUCAAAUACAGCAGCGUCGUUUACGGCAGCAAGUACUCGCGUGUGGGCCUUCUCUUCCCCGAAUGGCGCCCGGUGGUGGCAAUUCUGGCAAACGCGGCGCCUGACCUGCCCUUCAAGAUGCUCAAGACCGCGCGCACCCACCUGCGCGACGCGUGCAUGAGCCUGAUCGACGGCUGGAAGAAGCAGGAGGCGUCCGGGGUGCAGGACGGCAAGUCGAAGCAGGAGGAGCAGAACGGCGAUGCCAACGGCCACACUGCUGCCAGCACCGCCGGCGCCAAAGGCGACGGAGCCGUUAGCGGUGCCGGCGCCGCAAACGCCAUCGGUGAGGCUGCCGCAGCCGUGGGCACCGCCGCGGGCGGUGUGGGCGGCCUGUCGGCCGGGAGCUUCCUGGGACUGAUGCUGGCGGCUCGCGACAAGAGCACGGGCGAGGGGCUGACAGACCUACAGGUGGCGGCGCAGGUGCAAACGUUUAUCCUGGCGGGCUACGAGACCACAGCCAACGCGCUCGCGUUUGCGGUGUACUGCCUCGCUACCAACCCUGAGGCUGAGGCGAAGCUGCUCGCGGAGAUUGACGCCGUGCUCGGCCCCGAUCGGCUACCCACCGAGGCGGACCUGCCGCGCCUGCCCUACACCGAGGCUGUGUUCAACGAGACCAUGCGCCUGUACCCGCCCGCACACGCCACCAACCGCCACACCGACAAGGCACCCAUGCAGGUGGGCCCCUACACGCUGCCAAAAGACACCACCUUGUUCAUGAGCAUCUUCAGCGCGCACCACAACACCGACGUGUGGCCGCGCGUGAACGACUUUGUGCCUGAGCGCUUCCUGCCCGAGUCACCGCUGUACCCGGAGGUGGCGGCGCGGGUGCCGCACGCGCACGCGCCGUUCGGCUUCGGCAGCCGCAUGUGCAUUGGCUGGAAGUUCGCGGUGCAGGAGGCCAAGGUGGCUCUGGCCGCUCUGUACCAGCGCCUCACGUUCGAGCUGGAGCCCGGGCAGGUGCCGCUGCAGACGGCUGUGGGCAUUACACUGUCACCGCGCAACGGCGUGUGGGUGCGGCCUGUGGCGCGCCGCCUGACGCCCCGCCAGCCGACGACGCCGCCGGUCGGCAGCGCAGCCAAGUAGCCAGCUGUGAUUGCGUGCCGUGCGGCAGCGUUCGUGGCGCCGUGUGAAUGCGCUCCGUGCGUGCAGCUGCGUUCUGUAUGGUUGCGUUUUCGAUGAUUGUGCGCCUUGUACGGUAAUGGCAUGACGUUGGAAUCAAGGCGUCUUCGGAACUGAGGUGCAGCUAGCGGCGUGGAGUGACUGGGAGAGAUGUUGGUUGGUGGGGCUACCGUUGACGGAGGUAUUACUGGCAAAAAAGGCAGCUGCGAAGAGCUCUGAUGAGUCCUGACUCCUGAGAAACGAGUGAACAUGCGGUUUAAGCCGCUGCGAUGUGCCGUGGCGGCGUACACGAUCGCAAGUGAGAGUGAGAGACAUUAUUGGACGUAAUUGCCGGUGCGUGGGGGGAGGGGGGAUACGAACAAGAGUUUUUGACCCCAUGACAACCCAAAACCCAA